GAAUGCCAAAGUGAUGUUCAAAAACCUGGAGAGCCGAAGGAAUACUCCAAGAACCCCGAACCUAAAAGAGAAUCAUCCAGAAAUGAUAUUAAUAUUUCAAAAACCCAGAGAGCUGAAGGAAUACUCCAAGAACCCGAACCUAAAAGGGAAUUAUCCAGAGAAGAUGUUAAUAAAAAACCUGAACCUGAAAGAGAAUCACUAGAAAAAAAAGAAAAUAAUAUUAGUGUAAAAAAAAAACCUCCACUUAAUGAUUAA